AUGGCCGCCGGCGGGGCGGUAGAGCAAAGCUACCUGGUGAGGCGGGCCGACCCCGAUGAUGUGGACACCAUCGAUGCGCUGUACGAUCGGCUCUACGGCGAUGGCAACUUCUCAGAGGCCCUCGCCAUCUUCCACGCGGUGGACAAAGGUUUCCUGACCAAGCAAGACCUCCGGCUCAAGUUCCUGCUGUCCCUGGUAGAGACUUCUUUCAUGUCCGUCACCGUGGAGGACGAGGAAGGCCACGUCGUCGGCUUCGCGGUCUUGGACGAUACGCCACUCCACCUCUCGGCCUCGGAGGCAUGUGGGCUCAGGAAGAGGUCGACAAACGACUACGACUACGAAACCCCUGAGCUCCUGAACCUCAAGCUCCCAACAUGA